CCGAGUCGGCUCGGCUCGGCCCAUUGACAUCGCUAGUUUCAUAUUGUAUAUUACUUCUCAACAGGUUUAAGCUGCUUCAUCGAGAAAUUUAGAAUUAUUCUUCAAAAGUUGAUAUAUGGAAAUCCAAAACUAAUGAUACUUCUAAUAGGUUAUUUUCAACGAGGAUCGCAAAAAAGCUCUUAUUUUAUGGCAAUACAGGAUUUUGGGCUUAGUUAUCUUUCAAUAAAUUAGUUGUGGGCACGGCUUUAUUUCUACUCUAGCGUGCAGAGAAGCGGACCGAUGUGUCGGCUUGUUGAAAGGCGUGACACUAUUCCAACUAUCUUAUGUAUAAAAUUAUUAUACUCUCAACGUUUCAUAAAGAAAGUCCUAUUUCUUUAUUCACACAUAUUAAGAAAAUUUAAUUAAUAGUUUUACUAUCACUUUUUCUAAUGUACCCCCACAUUAAUGCAAUCAAUAUUCAAGAUAAUUAAAUUAUAUUUGUGAUAACAAAGCACAUUAAAUAGAGGAAUAUUAGGAAAUUAAUAUAUUAAUUACACUCCCAAAUAAGAAACAUGACUAUAAUUCGGGACAGACCAAAAAUAAAAACAUGACUAUCUUUAUGAGACGGAAUGAGUAAUAAUUAUUAGUUGAGUGCAGCAAAAGCUCGGCUGUUGAUCAAAUUCCUGAGCAUGGAACUGAAGGCGAGUGGUUUCAAUGCCUGUUCUAAUCUGCUUCUGGAUAGCAAUCAAAGUAAUAAAUUACAAAAUGAAGAAUAAAAGGCUGGUUUUGAAAUAUGCCUGGUUAAACCAUUUAUUUUUUGUUUAAAUAACUGGAUAAGAUCCAAAUAGUAUAAAUAAAAAAUGGCAGAAAAUCAAAGUGCAAAACAAAUAAAGAAUGCCAUUUGAAACUAUUGGAUUAGCGUCCACGGAAUUGAGCUCUGGUAGUCCAUGCAUUCAUAACUUGCCGGGCUUUCCAAGGACAUACGUAACUAUCUCUACAUUGGUUUCAAAUUUGAAAUGCAGGUUGAAGGAUUUCUCUGAAGAACUAUAAGUAGUUGUCUCGUAUCACUCUCUCAUUCAUCUCAGAAAAAAAAAAAACAAAUACAUUUCAACCUUCUAAUUCUGUCAAACUCAGCUUUAAAGAAUGGCCUUGACACCGACUUGGAAGUUUAUAUUUGUUGCACUUUUGGUGUUGGAGAUUUGGGCGUCUCAAGCCAUAGCUCGUUCGUUAAAUGAUGGAUCUAUGGUUGAAAAGUACGAGCAAUGGAUGGCUCAAUAUGGACGCAUGUAUAAAGAUAACGCAGAGAAGGCAAAGCGGUACAAUAUAUUUAAGGCGAAUUUUGAGUUCAUUGAGUCCUUUAACAGUGCUGGAACACGAUCUUACAAGCUAAGCAUCAAUCAAUUUGCUGAUUUAACGAAUGAAGAGUUUAGAACAUCUCGUAAUGGAUACAAAAUGUCCUCUUACAAAAGAUCUACCAGGGAGACAUCAUUUAGAUAUGCAAAUGUGACAGCAAUUCCUUCGAGCAUGGACUGGAGAAAGAAGGGAACUGUUACUGGAGUUAAGGACCAAGGCCAAUGUGCUGUCGCAGCCAUGGAAGGAAUUAACCAGCUCACAACGGGAAAAUUGAUUUCAUUAUCUGAACAAGAACUUGUUGAUUGUGACACAAAAGGUAAAGAUCAAGGAUGUAAUGGAGGCCUCAUGGACGAUGCAUUUGAGUUCAUCCUCGACAAUCAUGGCCUUACAACUGAAUCUAAUUACCCAUACAAGGGAGUCGAUGGCACGUGUAACACUAACAAGGAAUCCUCCCAUGCCGCCAUUAUUACAGGACACGAGGAUGUUCCAGCCAAUAGUGAAUCAUCCUUGCUAAAAGCUGUGGCUUCCCAACCAGUAUCUGUUGCCAUUGAUGCCAGUGGAUCCGCCUUCCAAUUCUACUCGAGUGGAGUUUUCACUGGAGAAUGCGGGACUGAUUUAGACCAUGGUGUUACAGCAGUCGGUUAUGGAACAACUAGUGACAAUACUAAGUAUUGGUUAGUUAAGAAUUCGUGGGGAACUAGCUGGGGCGAGAGUGGAUACAUUAGAAUGCAGAGGGGUAUUGAUGCGAAGGAAGGCCUCUGUGGUAUUGCCAUGGAAGCGUCUUAUCCAACUAGUGAUAGCGGUAUUGCAUAAAAUUAAUGUCAAGAUGUAAGAUGGAUCUUAUUUACCAUUUCUUCAUGAGACCUGAUCCUCUCACCUUUGCUUAUAUAAAUCCAUGAAUACUCGUGCACCUGAUUGUGUAUAUUUAUGUUGUAUUGGAAACUCCAUAUGUAAAUGAGAGAUUCAAUGCUUACUUAUACUUUCUUUUA